AUGGUUCCAUUCGAACAUGAAUUUUUCAUUCGAAUUGGUUCGCCUUUUCCUUUACUUGAACAUUUAUAUGUUUUUAAUAUGAAUUCUCAGUCACAAAUAUCACGCAAAUUAAACUUUGAGGAAGAAAAUUUUGAUAUUGAAAUUCUUUAUUCAACAGAUCAAUAUCAAAGACAAGAAUAUAAAUUUCAUUGGGAAUUCGAAAAUCAAAUUUGUCCAAAUAUUCAAGAAACGAGAUUAAAUUCAGUUAAACAUCUUUUGAUUUGUGGUAAACAAGUAGCAAAUAAUAGUGUUAAUUAUUUUCCAAAUGUUACUCAAUUGACUAUUGAACAUUAUUUCAAAACAUCUGAUGAUUUGAUCUCACUUAAGUUGAAUUUAUUAAAAUUAGAUUCAUCACCAUUGGAUGAAAUUCUUAUAAUAUCAAUUGAAACAAGUAAAACUUUCAAAAAUGUGUUAAAUACAAAUACAAUAAAAAAUCUCGAUAUUCGUAUUGAAUGUUCAUUUAAAAAAUUCAAAUGA